AUGUCCAACAUCCUAAACGUUCUCAAUCCGCCUCCCUCCAGACCCCUCAGCGACGAGGAAUGCCUUCCCUGCACGGCCGUCCAGCUGGCAGUGUGUCUCGGCGGCGGAGGCUACUUUUUGCUGCUGCUUCCCUUCAAGGGCAAAAACGGCGUGGUGGACUUGAAAAAACACCCUGUGUGGUUUCAACGAGGUGUUCGAGGCGUGGGCAUUGGUCUAGUGGCCCUUGGGAUGUAUCGCUUGGGAGAAGUGGUGCAGAUCUACGGCAAGAAGCACUGGUUGUGA